CUUGUCUCAAAGCUUAAGCCAUGCAAGUCUAAGUUCAGGCUUGUUCCUUUCGGGGAGCGAGCCGAAACUGCGAACGGCUCAUUAGUCAGAUAAGGUUCCUUGGCUAAAAGCGGGUCGGUUUUAAUGGAUAACUGUGGUAAUUCUAGAGCUAAUACAUGCAACGCACCGUGGUCCCCGUAGUCUUCUCGUCUCGGGGAAACGGCAUUUAUUCUCUGGACCAGAUCGCCCUAGCCUGCGAAGCUACCGUCAAAAGUAGCGACGGGGCGAAGCGACAAGUGUUGAAAUCCGAAUAACUGUGCCGAUCGCGGGGUCUUUCCGGGCCCCCGACGACUUUGCCAUGAAGUGUCUGUCCCAUCAAUUGGCGAUGGUCGGCGACCUGCCUACCACGGUGUUGACGGGUAACGGGGAAUCAGGGUUCGAUUCCGGAGAGGGAGCCUGCGAAACGGCUACCACCUCCAAGGAGGGCAGCAGGCGCGCAACUUACCCAAUCCCGACACGGGGAGGUAGUGACGAAAAAUAACGUGGCGGGGCCCUUUCGUGGUCGCCGCGGNCGGAAUGAGCGCAAUUUAAAAGAGUGUGCGAGGAGCUAUUGGAGGGCAAGCCUGGUGCCAGCAGCCGCGGUAAUUCCAGCUCCAAUAGCCUAUAUCGGAGUUGCUGCGGUUAAAAAGCUCGUCGUUGGAUCUCGGAGGCGGCACGGUCGGGCGCGAUACGCUGCGGGUCCGACCGGCGAUUUCUCGGCCGUCCCUAACCAGCGCGCGGGGCGAGGUGGACUUCGCGGUCCUGCCUCGUUUUUCUCCUUCACGGGAGAGAACCCGCCGCAUUUUCUGUCUACCUUGAAAAAAUUAGAGUGCUAAAGGCAGGCUAAAACCCCGAGCCUGAAUAUUUCGUGCAUGGAAUAAGCGGGGAUGCUCUUUUCCGGAGGGCGGUCCGACCGACUGGCGACGUCGCUUUCGCUGUCGGUUUCGCCGGAGAGCUAGGAUUCGAGAGGAACGGUGGGGGGCGAGCGUACCGGGCGGGGAGAGGUGAAAUUUUGUGAUCCGCUCGGGACGACUCGAAGCGAAAGCGCUGGCCCCGGACGUCUUCCUUAAUCCAGAACGAAGGUGGGUGGAGCAAAGACGAUCAGAUACCGUCGUAGUACCGACGGUAAACGCUGCCGACCGGGCCGCGGACGAGGCUCGAGAACAGCGGUUAUGGACCCGUCCGUGGCGGCUUCGGGCAACCUGAGAGUUUACGGGUUCCGGGGGUAGUAUGGUCGCAAGGCUGAAACUUGAAGGAAUUGACGGAAGGGCACCACAAGGAGUGGAGCCUGCGGCUUAAUUUGACUCAACACGGGGCAACUUACCCGUCCGGACAUCGUCAG